ACACGCGAAGAAGAAGCAGCAGCCAAUGAGAGAUCAACGGCUGCCGUUCCGGCGCAUGCGCAUUGGAAGUAUGAUAAUUUUGUUGAUACGUCUGCCGCUGGGCUUUAAUGAUUAUUUCUGCGGGUUUUAGUGUUUCGGAGCCAGUGUCCCCCCGCGGCCCGAGCUGAUGGAAAACCCCAGAGAUCUGGUGGAGCGCCCGUCCAGGAAGCGCCGUGACUCCUUUGGGAUGCUGGACGGUGCGGAGGAGGACCGCAGCAGCUGCAGCACUGAGUCCAGCGGGGGGAGCGGCGCCUCCAGCCCCGAGGACAGCGAGGACGAAGAGUUGGGAGGAGGAGGAGGAGGAGGAGGAGUACCUCAACUCUCCUCCUCCUCCUCCUCCUCCUCCUCCCUGACUCUCAUCAAGACCAACGGGCAGGUGUAUACCUACCCCGACGGCAAGGCAGGCAUGGCGACCUGUGAGAUGUGUGGUAUGGUCGGUGUCAGAGAUGCUUUCUACAGUAAAACCAAACGUUUCUGCAGCGUCUCCUGCUCCAGAAGUUACUCCUCCAACUCCAAGAAGGCCAGCAUCCUCGCCAGACUGCAGGGGAAGCCUCCCACUAAGAAGGCUAAAGUUCUUCAGAAACAGCCUUUAAUGACCAAACUAGCGGCGUACGCUCAGCACCAAGCCAACCAGCAGAGCAGCGUGAAGAAGAGCGUUCCCGUCGAGAUGUUUGACUGGGGCCGUUACCUUGGAGACGGAGAUGUGGCGGGAGCCCCAGUCAGCUGUUUCAAACAUGUGUCGAUGGGGAAGUCGUGGGGCGACAUCAGCGAAGGCGUCCGAGUCGAAGUCCCGAACACUGACAGCAGUCUGCCCAUGAAGGUGUACUGGAUCGCUGGCAUCAUCAAACUGGCUGGUUUUAAGGCCUUGCUGCGGUACGAGGGUUUUGACAGCGACUCCACCAGAGAUUUCUGGUUGAACCUGUGUGUGCCGGACAUCCACCCGGUUGGCUGGUGCGCCGCUGGAGGAAAACCUCUGGUUCCCCCUCAGACCAUCCUGCACAGAUUCACCAACUGGAAGAACUUCCUGAUUAAAAGACUGACGGGAUCCAAAACACUGCCGCCAAACUUCUCCUCCAAGGUGCAGGAGAGCAUGCAGUAUCCCUUCAAGAAGCAGAUGCGGGUGGAGGUGGUGGAUAAGACUCACCUGUGUCGGACUCGGGUCGCUCUGGUUGAACAGGUGAUCGGUGGACGUCUGCGGCUGGUGUACGAGGAGUGUGACGACGGGACGGACGACUUCUGGUGCCACAUGUACAGUCCUCUGAUCCACGGCAUCGGCUGGUCCCGCUCCAUUGGACACCGCUUCAAACGAUCCGAUGUGUCGAAGAAGCUGGACGGUCUGAUGGACGCUCCUGGGAAGCUGUUUGCAAAGGUGAAGGAGGUGGAUCAGAGCGGCUCCUGGUUUGAAGAUGGAAUGAAGCUGGAGGCCAUCGACCCGCUCAACCUGUCCGCCAUCUGCGUGGCCACCGUCAGGAAGGUCCUGGCAGACGGGUAUCUGAUGAUCGGUAUCGAUGGUUCGGAGGCGGCUGACGGCUCCGACUGGUUCUGCUAUCACUCCACCUCUCCCUCCAUCUUCCCCGUCGGCUUCUGUGAGAUCAACAACAUCGAGCUGACCCCACCCAGAGGUUACACUAAUCUUCCCUUCAGAUGGUUCGAGUAUCUGAAGGAGAGCAAGUCAGUGGCUGCUCCCGUCAACCUCUUCAACAAGGAAGUUCCUAACCACGGUUUCCGUCCCGCGAUGAAGCUGGAGGCUGUGGACCUCAUGGAGCCCAGGUUGGUCUGCGUUGCCACAGUGACCCGCAUCGUGCACCGGUUGCUACGGAUACACUUUGACGGCUGGGAGGAUGAGUACGACCAGUGGGUGGACUGCGAGUCACCUGACCUGUACCCGGUUGGCUGGUGUCAGGUGACCGGGUACCAGCUGCAGCCUCCAGCUGUCAACGCAGGCUCCAGAGAUCUACAGUCAGCUGCGUCCAAACAGAGGAAGAAAUCCCAGCAGUACAAGGGACAAAAGAAAAAGAGGAAGCUGCCCAUCGCCAAGCGACCAGUCAGUCUGUCCGGUGCCAUGGUAACAGGCGUACCCAGGAGCCUGUCGGGUGAUGAGAACGAGAGUCCGCCUGAUUACCCAUCACCCCCUACCCCUGCCUCGGCGGCCCAACCUGCAUCUGCCGACCCAGAGAGCAGCCCGAACACCGAGGGAGGGGCAGGUUCACAGAUGAAAGAGGAGAACACUGAAGCACCGGAGUUACCGUCUGAUAGGACUGAAACGGAAACCAACGGAUCGUCUGGAGAAUUCUUUACCAGCCAGGACCCGUAGGCCUCAUCCAUCCCUCUCUGCCUUUAUCGCUCCAUCCAUCCAUCCAUCCAUCCAUCCAUCGCUCUACUUCUCGACAGUUAUGAGUUUCAGGUCUCAUAUAAUCAUCUACUCUGAUUAAUUCAGAUUUCUAGUUUAUGGAGGAGGGAAUACAGUGUUUCUACAAGUAGGAAACUGACUAUCCGACGUUGUUGACGGUCUGUUUUAAGGCGGUAAACACAAACUUUGAAUGACUUCAGCUGGCUGGAGAUGGAAGCUAAAUGAGGCUCUUCAUUAAUAGUGUCCAGUCCUGCCUUCCUUCCUUCCUUCCAUCACAACAUCCACGGUUUUUACUCCUCAGUCUUUCUCACUUCUCUUGGUGCCCCGUCAGACCAGAAACUAACAGCAGAAUUCAUCCACAUGUGAUAGUCAGGGCCGCAGCUACUAUUCAUCACACUAAUGUUUGGUCCUUAAUGUUUUUCUGGCAAUUUGGGGGUUUUCAUAACCUGUAUACUUUAAAUCUAACACCGGCUGGAAAUGAUGGCUGAUUACAAUAUGUUUAGAUUUUAUAUUUAAACUACUUUUAGCUAUACAAAAAAAAUAAAGAAAUAAUUUUAUUCCUAAAAGCUAAAUGGACAUGCUUUAGAUCCUAUUUAGACAAAAUAAUGGAACAGGCAACUGAAUAAAUAAAAUAUAAACAACUUGGACUCUUGACCUCAGCUGUACUGUAGCUGGCAGGCAGACGCGGAAAGCAUGAAUUGGCCUUUAGUCACUAAACGGACAAUAAGUUAAAGUUAACUCAAGAGACGUAUUUGUAGCAUGGCAUCCUGUCUGACACUCCACUGCAAGCAAAUCCAUUAAUCGCGGCGAUUCCAUUAAAAUGUUUUGAUUUUUUUUUUUUGCGUAGAAAGUGAUGCUGUCAUAAAUGCUGGUCUGACCAGGCGCUUAUUCUUCAUUUCCCAAACUCUUUCUCAGAUCUCCAUUUUUUAAAUUUUUUUUUUACCUUUCCCAAGAACAAACCAGACUUUUCUUAAAGGUGCAGUGUGUAGA